GAAAAUUAUUGAAUAGAAUGGAAAAAGCUUUCCCAUCAGCUUUGACCUCUUUCUCUAUCCUUGUCAAAUUUGAUUAUUCCCAAGCAACCCCUUUUCUUCGUCUUCUUCUUCCCCGUGCUUCUUUCUUUCUUUCUUUCUUUUCUAUCUAUCUUUUUUACUUUCAGGAAUCAGGUAUCAUCUGCCGCUUGCUUGCUCUGCCCAUGAAGAAGAAGAAAGACUUCUAUUUUCACUGUUUUAGAAGAAACCCUCGACUUCAUUUCUGACCCUUAAAGACGAAAAUAGGACUUGCUUCUGCUGCUUGAGGGGGAUUAUGUUUGAUCUGGUUUGAGAGCUUCUUCAAGAGAAAAUGGUGGGUUUGUUGUAGCCUCUGUUUCAACUUCUUCAAAUUAUGGAUUCUAAAGCUCAGGCUGGAAAUAUUAUGGAGAAGGAGGAGGAGAAGAAGCAUUGUAGUAGUAGUAGUAGUGGUGGUCACAAAAGGGUAACUGGAAAUGAUGCUUCUGUAAACGGAAAAAAAUCUGAUCACUCGAGUAAUUCUAAGCAAGGUGUUCUUGAUUUACCUGUUAAUGGAGGAGACAGGAGUUCGCUUGAAGUGUUUGGAGAAGUAGAUAAGAAGAUUUCAGGACUUGGAAGUGUGAAAAACAGUUCGUUUUCUGCUAAAUUCAGCGAUGGUGCAACUAGUAGCCUUGCGAAAACAAGUGGAAGCACGAAAACUAGCGAUCGUGCUGAUUUUGUUGAAAGUGGGAAGAGCAGUAUGUGCAGAGGGAGCACGAGCACUGACAUAAGCGAUGAAAGCAGUUGUAGCAAUUUCAGUAGCGGUGUUAGCAAGCCUCAUAAGGCUAAUGAUGUUAGAUGGGAAGCGAUCCAAGCUGUUCGUGCUAGAGAUGGUUUGAUGGGAUUGAGUCAUUUUAGGCUUUUGAAGAGGCUAGGUUGUGGUGAUAUUGGGAGUGUUUAUUUGGCUGAGUUGACAGGGACUAAGUGCUAUUUCGCUAUGAAAGUUAUGGAUAAAUCGUCUCUGGCUGGUCGUAAGAAGCUUGCUCGAGCUCAAACCGAAAGAGAGAUUUUGCAGAGUUUGGAUCAUCCGUUUCUUCCUACUCUGUAUAAUCACUUUGAAACUGAUAAGUUUUCUUGCUUGGUGAUGGAGUUUUGUCCUGGAGGAGACUUGCACACACUCAGACAAAGGCAGCCGGGGAAGUACUUCUCCGAACAAGCUGUGAAAUUUUUCGUAGCUGAAGUCCUCCUAGCACUCGAGUAUCUACACAUGCUCGGUAUUGUUUAUCGUGAUUUGAAACCUGAAAACGUUCUAGUACGAGAAGACGGCCACAUAAUGCUCUCCGAUUUCGACCUUUCCCUCCGCUGCUCGGUGAGUCCAACUCUCGUGAAAUCCGAUAAAACAGAAACCGAUCCCCAAAAGAAGAACCAGAAUUACUGCAUCGAACCGUCCUGCAUCCAACCCUCCUGCGUGGUCACAACCACAUGCUUCUCCCCUCGACUAUUCUCCUCCAGCAAAUCAAAAAAAGAAAGGAAAGCGAAAAAUGACUUAUUCAAUCAAGUCAACUCCUUACCUGAGCUCUUAGCCGAACCAACCGGAGCUCGUUCAAUGUCUUUUGUGGGGACUCACGAGUAUUUAGCCCCCGAAAUCAUAAAAGGCGAAGGCCAUGGAAGUGCAGUGGAUUGGUGGACGUUUGGGAUCUUUCUGUACGAACUUUUGUUCGGUAAAACACCUUUCAAGGGAUCAGGAAAUCGAGCCACGCUUUUUAAUGUAGUGGGAGUGCCUCUUCGGUUUCCCGAGUCUCCUAUUGUUAGUUUCGCGGCUAGGGAUCUUAUAAGAGGAUUGCUUGUAAAGGAACCUCAACAUAGAUUGGCUUAUAAGAAGGGUGCUACAGAGAUAAAACAACAUCCUUUCUUUCAAGGGAUUAAUUGGGCGCUCAUUCGAUGUGCGACUCCACCCGAGGUUCCUAAACCGGUGGAUUUUGAAAGACUUUCGGCUGCAAAUCCACAACAACCGAAUGCUACCAGCGUUGUGCAACCGCCUAAGGAUGAUCAGAAGGGUUCCGAUAACUAUCUGGAGUUUGAUUUCUUCUAGAUAGAAACACACGAAUUCGAUUGUUGGGUUUGUUUUAAUUUUUAUUGGGCUACAACUGUCGGAUGAAUCUGGAAAACUCAGGUAAUGAUGUUCAUUGUUUUCCGACCACAUUUCAUCUGUUUAUAUAGUUUCGUUAAUUUUAUAAUGUAGCAGAGCAUGAUGAGACUUAUUAAUUUGGCAUGUCUCUUUGAGCAUGCUUU